AUGCAAGGCAGUAGCUUGGCCUUGUUGGUGCUAGUGAUCCACACGGUGCUCCUUUCCCUGACUUGUUCCUUCUCCUUCUCUUCGUUGUUUGCGAAUGAUGCUGACACAUCUUCUGUAGCAAAACCCACUUCUCAAAACAACUCUGUGGUCGACAAUGACAGCCCAAACGUGCCAGUACGACAACCUCUCUUAGAUGCUACCGACUGGUUCCUCACAGAAGAGGAAAUUACGGAUUCACGCGGUGGAGUGCCACGGGAUGGCUUGGCAGUAUACACGACUGGCAACAAGGUGACAUCUCUCACGGUUCCAAACGAGUUUUACGAUGCCACUUACGACGAUUUCACCGCUACGAAAGCGGGGGACCGUAUUUUGCUCUCAGCAUGGGAAGUGAGUCUAGUUCCGCUCAAACCCGACAUUGACCCCAAAGGCGCAACAACGGGCGUUCAUGAAAUGGUAGCCGGAGUCGUGGAACGAGGUGGAAGUUUUCACAUCAUGGGCUGGUCCAAUAUUCUGCAUCGGCAGAUCAAUAUUGAAGCGCGGAAUGAUAUCAACAAGAUCCCACCGUCGAAGGUUAACGGAGCUCAAGCGUUAUACAUUUUCGACGACCGCGUACGCACGAUGACCUCGUCACAUCACCAAAAGGCGCUGGUUUUCGCGGUCAACAUUUCGUCAAGCAAGAGUGACCAGCCCAUAGCUUACGUUGGUGGCCUGGACUUCACUAAGGAUCGAUGGGAUACCAUUUACCACAACAACUCGGCGAUACGAGAUGCUGCUGGAAUUACGUAUGAACGCAAAGGCUGGAUAGAUGCUCACGUCCGAAUUCACGGACCUGCUGCUAAGGAUGUGGCUAGCAAUUUCCUGGCUCGAUGGAACUCAGACUACUUGCCAUGCCAAGGUCUAGACGACGACCUACUUGAGUAUGUGAACCCAACGUACGAGAAACUACCUCCGCUGGACUACGCCAGCAGCAAUACUACAGCGAAACUGGGUAAGCAGAGUGUACAGAUCGUCCGAACAUUUAGCUGCAAGUACAAACAUUACAAAGAGUUUGCUCCAUACGGAGAGAACUCGUUGUUUCAAGCGCGUCUCAAGGCCAUCAGGAACGCGAAAAACUACAUUUACAUCGAAGAUCAGUAUUUUAUCCUCGUUCCGGAAUUGCUCGAUGCUCUGAUGGAAGUGAUGCCAAAGAUCCAGCGGCUCAUCGUCGUGGCGAAUGCUCUAGAUUUCAAGUUACGAGCGACAGGAUACGAGAAAUAUCUGUACGACAUGGUGUCUCCUCUUCUGGAGGCCUUCCCGAACAAGUUCAACCUCUACACGACGAAAAAGAAGCUGAACAUUUACAUUCACAGCAAAAUAGUAAUCAUCGACGACGUGUACUUGUCUGUUGGCUCGUCGAACUGGAACCGACGAGGUAUGACGUCGGACUCGGAGAUGAACGCGAAUAUUGUGGACACCAAUACGGUAAACUCUCCGGAUGGGGUCAUUGUGAACAAAUUUGCUCGAGACUAUCGUAUUCGGAAAUUUCAGGAAAUGACGGGCCUGAGCUACGAGGAACUGGAAGCCAUGACGCUGGUAGAAGCUUUCGAUAGCUUUGAGGCGGCGGCCUCCGAUGCAUCGACGAUACUUGGCCACUUGGAGGUCUCCUAUUCCGCCUAUUAUCUUGCGUUUACUAACUUCAUCCGCCAAAGUGUGGAUCCGCAGGAUACAUGCACGUGA